GCCCAGCAGCGGUUUUACGCUGAAGAGCUGAUGGUUGGCCACCCCGAUUGCUCGGAAGUAGCGUUCAAACAACCGCUGCUCCGGUAGUGCCCUCUUGAUUUGAGCUCCAUCUCAUGGAUUGCCCGGCUGGACGGGGGACUGGACGGGCUCGCUUUGAAGGCCAUGUUCUGGGACACCAAGCCACCUCCGCAGAGCUGGUUCAUGUACUAUGCCGCCCAGCUGGGGGUGGGGGGAAGGCGGGCGGGCUUGAAUGCUGCACUCCUCCAGAAAAUCGCGGCUGCUGUUAGUCACGACACGAAGCUGCCCAUUCGAGUCCACGCGCAGCCGUCCACCUACGAGGACGCCAUGGACAACCUACUUGCGUUCUCCGACGAGGGCCGCCAGCGGCAGCAGGUGAAGGAUUCCGACGCUGAAACGGUCUCAUCGAUUCCGCGCAUGAAGAAGCGCUUCGGCUGGUUGAAGAUCGACGGCGGAUAUCUUUGCAGCAGCCUGCCUGGAGCAGUACGUCCCGUACCCGUGAGGCUGCGCACGUGCGGCGACCGAGAGAUACUUCCGCAUUCUCAGUACUUCGCAACCGUAUAUGAGUAAAUUCCCGAAGGCGACAGCGAUCCAGGCCAGAUGCAACUGGUGCUGAAAUUUUUCUGGCGAGCUGGGUUCGAAUUACCCAGUCGCUUCGGAAGGAGAACUGGAAAAGUGGAAUCCUUGUGGAUUAUUCCAAUAUCAUCUCUGCCAUUGGAUUCUUCUGGCACAAUAAUGGUUACCACAGGGUUGUGCCAGUCGGGGGUUCUUAGGUCCGCCACCGCCGCCGCCGCAUAGUCACAGAGUGAUUCUGACACCCCAUCGUCCGCCUCUCCAUCCCCGUGCGCCUCGUCGCCCUCUUUCUCCUCCUCUGACACCGAGGAAGGCGAA